AUGAGUCGUAUUAAUAAAAAGAAUAGGGCUGCUACUAGUGGUAGUGGAAGUGGUAACGAAUAUCCAGAUCUCUUGACUAAACCUUUGGUUAUCACUAUUGCUGUUAUAUGUUUGGGAUGUUUACAGUUUGGGUAUCAUAUUGCUGAAUUAAAUGCUCCACAGCAGGUUAUGUCCUGCUCUGAAUUUUCGAAUAAAAUUAACAAUGAAGGUAUCCCCUUUUCAGAUACUUGGUUAGGAAGACAUAAUUUUACACAAUGUAUUCCCUUAGAUAACUCACAAAUCGGUACAGUUACUUCAAUGUUCACAAUCGGUGGAUUAUUUGGCUCUUAUUUUGCUAGUUCUAUUUCGAAAAGUUAUGGUAGAAAGAAGACUGCAUUUAUUGCAAAUAUUAUCAAUGCCAUAGGUUCUUAUAUUUUAUUUGCAAGCAAUAGUUAUACUUCAUUGAUCAUUGGUAGAUUAAUUGUUGGUUUGGGUAGUGGUAUUUUCAUCGUGAAUGCACCUUUGUUCAUUAGUGAAGUGACACCACUAUCAUUAAAAGGGUUGAUGGGAUCUAUGAAUCAAGUUUCAAUCAAUCUAGGGAUUAUCUUGACACAAUUCUGUGCUUUAUUCUUUGCAAAUGCAUAUCAAUGGAGAUGGAUUUUAUUUGUUGCAUUCAUCGUUAGUAUCUGCAAUAUGGUUUUGUUGGUUUAUAUUCGUGAAUCACCAAAAUGGUUGGUGCAGAAUCAUGAUUUAACUAAUGCAGAAUUAUCGUUAUUUUCUUUACGUUUAAGAUCAGAUAUAGUCAAAGAUGAAUUAAGUGAAAUUCAAAAAGAUUUGAAUAAUGAACAGUUAAUUGAUGGUUACGACACAUUAGAGGCUAAUUCUUCAAAUAUGACAAAUUCUUCUCCAUCUCUAUGGGAAUAUGUAACAAGUUCGACUUUUAAAAAACCAAGAAAUGCCAUUACAAUGAUAUUAAUGGGUCAACAGUUCUGUGGUAUUAAUUCGAUAAUAUUUUAUGGUGUUAAAGUUAUUAGUAAUUUGACACCAAACUGGGCAUUGCAAAUUAAUUUUGCUAUAUCAAUAUUAAAUGUUAUAAUGACGGUAGUCUCAUCAUUCGUAAUUGACAAAAAGGGACGUAAACCAUUAUUGUUGAUAUCUACGUCGAUAUUAUCUAUAUCUGCAUUCUUGAUAAGUGUCAGUAUUACACAAGAUAUAGUAUCAUUGCUAGUUAUAUCGUUAUUUGUCUACAUUGCGGCAUUUGCAUUUGGUUUAGGACCAAUUCCAUUUUUAAUUAUAAGUGAAUUAUCAAGUCCUAAUGAUUCAGUAAUUGCACAAAGUUAUGGUACUAUUUGUAAUUGGUUAGCCACUUUUGUAGUAGCAUACUGUUUCCCUGUUUUACAUGAUUUAUUAGGAGGUUAUGUGUAUACAAUAUUUGGUGUAUUUGGUACAGUUUUCACAUUUUAUAUUCUUAAAAGAGUUCCAGAAACGAGAGGUAAAUCGAGCUACACACAAGUUUGGUCGGAUUAUUAA